CACCCACCCAUCCCCCCUAAAAAAAAAAAAAAACCCCAAAAAUCCCCCCCACCCCCAAAAAAUCCCUUCCAUGGUGCGGGAAGGCGGCAUGGCCCGGACCCCCUCCAGCUCCACGCAGGACAUCCAGAUGGACGUCUUGGACAACGCCGCCCUCCAGGGCAAGUACGGGCGGCGCAAGAGCCGCUUCAAGCGCUCGGACGGGAGCACCUCCUCCGACACCACCUCCAACAGCUUCGUCCGCCAGGGCUCGGCCGAGUCCUACACCAGCCGCCCCUCGGACUCGGACGUGUCGCUGGAGGAGGACCGGGAGGCGCUGCGCAGGGAGGCCGAGCGCCAGGCCAUGGCCCAGCUGGAGAAAGCCAAGACCAAGCCCGUGGCCUUCGCCGUGCGCACCAACCUGGGCUACACCGCCGCGGCCGCGGACGAGGCGCCCGUGCCCGGCCUGGCCGUGAGCUUCGAGCCCCGAGACUUCCUGCACAUCAAGGAGAAGUACAACAACGACUGGUGGAUCGGGCGGCUGGUGAAGGAGGGCUGCGAGGUCGGCUUCAUCCCCAGCCCCGUCAAGCUGGAGCAGAUGCGGCUGCUGCAGGAGCAGAGGAUGAGGCAGAACCGCCUGAGCUCCAGCAAAUCGGGUGACAACUCCACCUCCAGCCUGGGCGAUGCGGUGACGGGGACACGCCGGCCCACGCCCCCCGCCAGCGGCUUUGCCUUUGACCCCGAUGAGUUAGAGGAGGAGGAGGAGGAGGAUGAGGAGGAUGAGGAGGAGGCUCUGGAGAGGCAGCAGCGCUCCCCUAAAAGUAGCGUGAGCAGCGUCACCACCCCCCCCGCCCACGGCAAGCGCAUCCCUUUCUUUAGGAAGAGCGAGCACGUGCCCCCGUACGACGUGGUGCCCUCCAUGCGCCCCAUCGUCCUGGUGGGGCCCUCGCUCAAGGGCUACGAGGUGACGGACAUGAUGCAGAAGGCGCUGUUCGACUUCCUGAAGCAUCGCUUCGACGGGCGGAUCUCCAUCACGCGGGUCACGGCCGACAUCUCCCUGGCCAAGCGCUCCGUGCUCAACAACCCCAGCAAGCACCCGAUCAUCGAGCGCUCCAGCACCCGCUGCAGCCUGGCCGAGGUGCAGAGUGAGACCGAGCGCAUUUUCGAGCUGGCCCGGACGCUGCAGUUGGUGGCCCUGGACGCCGACACCAUCAACCACCCUGCCCAGCUGGCCAAGACCUCGCUGGCGCCCAUCAUCGUCUACAUCAAAAUCACCUCCCCCAAGGUGCUGCAGCGGCUGGUGAAGUCCCGGGGGAAGUCGCAGGCCAAGCACCUCAACGUGCAGAUGGUGGCCUCGGACAAGCUGGCGCAGUGCCCGCCUGAGAUGUUCGACAUCGUGCUGGACGAGAACCAGCUGGAGGAGGCCUGCGAGCACCUGGCCGAGUACCUGGAGGCGUACUGGAAGGCCACGCACCCGCCCAGCAGCAACCCCCCGAACCCGCUGCUGAACCGCACCAUGGCCACGGCCGCGCUGGCCGCCAGCCCCGCGCCCGUCUCCAACCUCCAGGCUCCGCACCCGGGGGACUCGGGGGGCCGCGGGCAGGGCAGGGUCCCCCCGCCGCCCUCCCGCCCGGCUCCCCGCAGCCUGCCCCGCCAGGACACCUUCGACUCGGAGGCAGCGGGCAGCCGGGAGCCCGGCGAUUCCUGCUGCAUGGACAUCGAGAUGGAGCCCGUCGAGGAGGAACCGCCCGGCACCCCCGGGGCCGCCCCGCAGCCGCCGCCCGGUUCCUGGGACGGGGCCGGGGAGGGUCGGGGGCUGCGGGGCCGAGCCAAGGGUGAAGAGCCGCUGGCUCAGAGCGAUGGGGAGAGCUGGGGCCGGGAUGUUUACACGCGUUAGGAUGAGGGGGUGCGGGCAGGGGGCUCCCCCCCAGCGCUGGUUUUGGGGUGCGGGACAGCCCCGCUGGUUGCCUUUGUGCGCCCCCCUCCCCGAGCCCGGCCAGCCGCGCCCCUCUCCUUGCUGAGGGGGGGUCUCCCCCUUGCCGCAGCCCCCCAACAUCUGGCGGUGCCUCGGGCCCUCCCUGCCCGGCAGGGACAGCAAGUGACCAAAGGGGACCCGGCGUGUCCCCGUCCCCCCGGCGAGGGGUGAGGGGCCGUGCCCCCCUCCCCAGCCCUGCCCGCUGGGUGCCCCCCGCUUCUCCAUGGUGCUCUGGGACCCCCGCCCCAGCAGUGCCCCCCGCCCCAGCAGUGCCUGGCACUGCCCCCACCGCCCCCGGCCGUGCCCGGGGGGUGCAUGCGGUGUGUGCUGGGGGGUCCCCGCUGCCCCCGGCCGUGCCCCCCCAAAGGUGCUCCCGAGGGGGGGUCUGCAUGUGUUUGCCUCGGAGGGGCUCUGCCUGAACUGGGGGGGGGGGGGGGUUGUGAAUCUGAGCCAGUUUUGGGGGUCUAACCUGUGCUAACAGCUGCCCAGCCCUGGCUUUUUGGGGGGGUCCCGCUGUCCCCCCCUUCCCCAGCCCCCUCCCCUCCCGUUCCAACCCCCCCCGCCGUGUCCGUCCGUCUGUCCGUCAGCCUCUGUCCGUCCCCCCCGCACCCCGGGGCACUGCCUUGUCCUGUGCCCGCCCCGGGGCGUCCCCUGUGCCCCCCAGCUCGGCGGGGUGACCACACCAGGGUGGCCUUGGGGACACCCCGUGUCCGAGCCUCACCGCGGGACGGGGCUUGUCCCACCUUGAUGGGGCGGCCCCUUUGCCCCCCACCCCCACCCUUUGGGGGUCCCCGGGGUCUCUGCCUUACCCAGACCACCAGCCCGGGUCGGGGGGCUUGGGGGGGGGGGCACCCAGCUCUGCCGCCACCCACGUGUGCCUCAGUUUCCCUCUGAUAUUUUGGGGGGGACUCGGUGUCACUGCCUGCCAAGUGCUUUGAGCCCCCUCUGCCCCCAGCGAUCGCCCCCGUGGCGACCAAAAUUUGGGCAGUGGGCCCACCCCCCCCCCCAAAAAAAAAGGGGCAGAGGGAUGUCCCGUGUUUAUGUCACUCGUGAAACUUUUAAUUUAAAGACGCGACAAAAAAAUGUUAUUUUAUUUAUUAUUUAUUUGGUUUAUGUGUGUGGGGGGAGGGAUGGGGGGGGACUCGCCCCGCUCGCUUUGGUUCUUUGUAAUAAAGAUUUCGGUGAGA